ACACCCACGUGAUGUGCAUAUAAUAAUCUCAUUUAACACUUAGUGAACCUUGAACAUUUACCACGUCAUGUGCCAUGUUUAUCAAUCAUGCUUUAAUUUUGAUUAUCGUACCGGAAAUCACAUCACCUCAUUCCGGCUCAAUUGACGUAGCGUCGCUGACCGCCUCGGCAGAGAAAAGCACGGCUGUUGCGCGUUGUGUUUGGUACGGGACACGGUUGUGUACUCUCUCAGGACUAAACAGUCGAUAUCAGUGUAAAUACUAACAUUAUUCCGCUUAGCAGCACACAGGGCGAUGAAUGGUAAGUCAGCGAACGGUACGGCGGGAGGAAUGGCCUGUAUCGAGGGUCUUCCCCCGCUGCCGAAGAGCCUGAGCGGCUUGCUGAACUCCAGCGGCGGCUCCUGGAGAGAAAUGGAGAGGAUGUACGUAAAGAAGACCAUGAUCCAGGACGACCUGAGCAGAGGCAGGAACAACGCCGACAACCUCCUGGCAAACAAGCCGGCCAACCUCGACGCUGCUCUGGCUCUUCUGCGGAAAGAGAUGGUGGGUUUGCGCCAGCAGGACAUGUCCCUGCUGUGCCAGCUGUGGUCGCUCCACGAGUCCAUCCAGGAGUACAAGGGGAGCUGCCAGGACCUGAGCGCAGCCUCCAGCCUCAGCAUGAUGGAGAACGGCUACUUCGACGAGGAUGAUGAGUAUUACCCGGAGCCUGGCGCCACUCCCACCGGGGAACAGCCGGACGGAGAGGUUGGAGACGGGACGGCAACAAUGGCAGCGGCCAAGAAUGGGAGCAGCAGCAGCGGCAAGGACGACAGCUGGGACUCCUUUCACGUCACCAUCUGAGGCCUCCGUUCCCAACAUUUCUUCUGUAGACAGAUACAUAUUUUGGGGGUAAAAGACUGAGUUAGGCUGGAGGAAAAAUCAAGUGGCUCUGGAAAGCUUUUGGCCUCCGAGAAGGGAGUGGUUGGUUAGAGAUAGCAGCUUAUGGUAUCUCGUUACCAUAGUAGACUAUAAAUCUAAAGCUCCAGCUUAACUUCAACUCCUCCUCAGGUGAAACAUAUACCUGCUUGUGCUGCAGAAUGUUUUCUUUUUGUUGUUGUGUUUUUUUGCAGCGUGAUCAGGAGCUUCAUUUGACUGCGGGGCUGAGCAGUGGGGUGUUUUGACUUCUUAACACCCUGUGAAACACUCUGGAGUUAAGAUGGAUUGUAUUCAAAUACUCCAAGACUUCCUAUACUCAAAAUUAGGCAAUAUAUAUAUAUAGUUCUUUUUAUAAACAGCUCUGCUGCUGCUUCUAUAUCAAGUGGUUUUGCUAGUCAGUCACCCUUUUUGGCCGAACUUUUCUACAUAUGAUGAACAAAGUUUUAUUAUUUAUUAUAUAAUAUAAAUAACAUGAUAUUUGCUUUCCUUUUACUCUGUGGAUGUUUUGUACUGCAGCCCUACCCAGGUACAAGGGUACAGCAUUUACGGGUUAGAAAUCCAAGAAAUUUAGAAGAGGGCGGGAUUUCUGAGCCGUCGUCGGUGUAAAGAGACGAUCGACUUUUACAGACAUAUUGACGGAGACGGUGUUUGUGUUUCUUUUUAAGUGGUGAAAUCGUUCAUUUACAUAAAUCCAGAUGGUCUGGAGAGAAGUUCUCAGACCUCAAGUACGGAGAGAUAAGUGAAGCGCUCACACCUGAAUACAGUGUAAAAAUGUUUGAACGCAGAGGUCGAGGACUUUUCUGCCUUUUUUCGAGAGAGCAGACAUUUAUUCUGAAAAUGUGAAAUGUUCAAAAUGCUGGAGACAGUUUUUUAGCUGUUUGCAUAGAAUUUAAACCUGGAAGCUCGGUGUACUAGGCUGCAGAUAGUUUACUUCCAUGAACAUUACUGCGACAGCACAUCACGGGCAACUUUGAUGUGUCACUGUUUCCUGACUUGUCGGUAUGAAAGAUUGCAUCCAUGUGAUGGUGUGAAACUAUAUAGUUUGGAUCUUGCAAAUUGUGAAUAGUCUCCGUUUUAGUUCUGCCUUUUAGUUACGAUACAUCUACUGAGAAGUUCAAGAUCAUUCUAGUUUACUACACUUGGAUCUUAAUUGAAUUGUUUUGGCCAUCACAUUGAUAAUAACGUUGUACAUGCCUUGUACGUUUUUGAGAUCUGGAAAUGUGGAUAAAAAGAAGUCAGAUGAGCAGUCAGGUCGAUCUCAGCGAUUACUUUGCUGAAUGCAAUAUUACCAUAUUCAAUGGAAAUGACAGCAGUUCUAAGAGCUGAGAAAUAUCCUUUGAUAUAGGUAGCAAGAGCUAACUAGCCAGCAUCAAUAGGAAACAGGAAAUAAACUGGAUAAAAUGACUAAAGAGCUUAUUAUGAAGCCCAACGCUGGAGUCAGCCAUUCACCAUAUUACCAGCUUUGAGACUUUUUACUCUUAAAAUGUUGCAAACAUUUGAGCGACAGCGAUCGACUACGAUCAACUCACGUAAUUUUGCACUUGCUAGUUCGAAUGUUUGUUCAUUUAUCAAGGACGCAUUAAAAAAAACAAAACUGCAUACAUUUGAUUAGCUGACGACGGUCUUUGAGUUUAAAAAGUUUUGGUCUUAACAAGUUUGUUGAGCAGCGACACAUCAGCCAGGUCUUGUCUGGUCAAUGUGGCUUUUCUACACAGUGAAAACACACUACUGUAGCUCUGAACCUGUUAGCAAUUAUUAAUUACGUACAGGGUACUUUAUACUUUGUAUUUUUACAUUAAGAUCUUAACCGAUCUCCUAGCAACACAUACUCUGCUGCAUGUAGCUAAUAUACAGGCUAAAGGCCAGUCUGAACAUGUGAGACCUGUCAGAGAGAUGUAGUAGGUAUUCUCUCAGUGUUUUAUUAUACCUGCAUACCUUCUAGGGGCUGUUUAAUUAUCCGAGUCUCAUCCUAAAUAGAUGAGCAGUUUUUAUUACUCGUCAGUACUCGUCACUAACAAGAUUGUAGCGUUUUUAAUUCAGGAGAACUCGCCUUCAUUGUAUGCCUGUGAACAAAACAGAAAAAAAACCCUCCUCCUGUACACUGAAAUAUGCCCUCCUGAUGAAUAUCUGCUUGCCGUUUUUGAAAAGUGUUUUUUUAGUUGAAUCUUUGAACAGAAACGCUCCACAAAGGCAGCCUUACUUCAAACUCUCGGUUGUCUCCGUUGUCCUGCGACAGGCAAAGACAUUUGGAUGUGCAAUACUAUAACUCCUACUACAUAUACGAAUGGUCUGCUCCGUCUUCCUUAAUAUUUAAACUCGACAUCAAAGGUCUGUGCUGAACCUGUAGCAUGCAACUCCACUGCUGAAUACACAGCAGCUGUUCCGUUAUUCAAACUACAGAUAACAGACUUUAUUCUGCCAACACGCACCGUCACUCUGAGAGGGUGACCGUUCAUUUUUUUUCAGUAUUGUGUUGAUUUAUUGUGACUGUAUAGAUCAUAUGACGUCAUCUGUUUGUUGACUUGGUCCGUAAUUUCUGUGCUUGUGAAACACAAACCAAAGAAAGUACAGCACUCAACAGUGAAAUGUGUUUGGUUUAAGGCGUCGAACGAGACGGCGUCCUUGCUAACUUCUCUAGAAUGAUUUACUUAAAAGGUACAGCAUGCAAUGAUAUCUGAUGUCUUGAAGAAUGUCUUUACAAGUCAAUUUACAGCUGAUGAAUUGAGUCGGACAGUUACUAUAAGCAUAUUUGUUCUGUCCUUUUUAAGGUGUAACAGUUCACGGUUGCAUUGAUGAUAUGCCUUUAGCACACUUGAAAAAAAACUGUUAUUUUAAGAUGGAAAACACACAGUGUUUGAUUUCGUAUCACGUUCUUGUGAAAGUGAUGUCACUGACUGACAAGUGAAAGUCUAAACGAUGCUUCAUUUAUUAUAAAACACAUCUGCAUUUACACAGCGAGUUUGCAAAGAGCUCUGCAGUGUAAUGUCAAAGGAAUAGUUUGACCUUUUGGGGAAAUAUGCUUAUUCAAGAGUUGGAUGGGAAAACCAGCACUCAUGUCUGUAGGAUAAACAUGAAGCUACAGCCAGUAACUGGUUAGCUUAGCUUGGCAUAAAUACUGACUAUCUUCUGGCCCAGCAUCGCCUCUAAAAAAUGUUAUCUUGUUUGUGUGAUCUGUACAAAAACCAAAUUAUAUAAACGACACAUAGUUUUUUGGAGGGUUGUGUGCAAGGCUAUAAGAAACUGAAGGAGCAUAUUUCCCAAAAUGUCAAACUACCCCUUUUAACAGUUUGAUCAUUUCCAUCCAAAAUGUGAGGUCAAUUCAUCCUUUCCUUCUGAUUCAAGUUCUCAUCAAUUGCAAGAGGUAUUCUACCUCUCACACACCUGUCUCAUAAACAAAACUCAUCACUACCUACUCACUUUACCCCGUUAAUAUCCGUAAUGUAUUUGCAAGUCUCUAAAUAGAACCAGAAAAUGACUUAGAGACGUCGAUAAAAUACGAUGGUAUUGGCUCCAUCAUCAAAUAUGUUGAAUGUUUGGUUUUUUUCUCACAGUUUUUGAUGAGCCACAGUUGAUUUGUCUGUACAGUAAAGCUGAAUCUGUAAUAUUUGUAUUUCCAGUUAAAUGACCUGAUUUCACUUGAUACAAAUGUCCGGUGUAUGGCUGCAUCCAAUCACCAAUCUGAAGCUUAAAGCACAUUUGAUUAAACCAUUUUUAAUCAAUGCCGUUAAAAACACACCAGUAAAAAACUUUUCAUUGGAUGUCUUCACAAUUAGUGCCUUUUGUAAAACCUUCAAGUCGCAAACCUGUGGCGUGCUGUUCAAGACGGGGACGAGAAUUUGCUCAUAACUGUCGAUCAUUUGACUUGCUUGACAUGCAUUUGGUUUUUAAAGCUGCUACAAGUAGACCUAGAAACUUUAUGACUUUAGCAACCUUCUAAACCCUUUAGUGGUUCAAUCAAUGCCACAACGCAGCAACUACACAUCCAGAAGUGUCCCAGGAAGAGCCUAUUAGUUGACGCUGUGGUUACAGAUUUGGAUACAUGUGUAAAAAGAUUCCUCCUCAUGGUUUUAUUCACUCUGAUCUUAUUCAAGUUCUGCCAUUUUUUUGUUUGAUGUUUUUUACUCCUCUAUCAAAGGCUCCUUUGGCAGUUUGACGAGGGCGUUGGGAGUGGUGAAUUUGAGUUUUUCAUGCUCUUCGUUUUUUCUCUUGGUUGAUGCCCUCCAGAAACAGUACACAUUGAACAUUAACUACGCAAUAUACAUAUAAAAACUCAGUGAUUACAUUGUUUUUCUUCAAAACAAACUGUCAAGAUUCAUUUGAGACCAGUAUAGUGAGGUACGUCUACACGUAGCAGCUUUAAUUUCCAAACAUGUACCAGCCUUAAAAUCGGUCAUAUCAUUUGCAAAAAAAAAAAAAAGCAACAUGGUGCACUCCUCACUUGUUCAAACAUUCCAAGUGUUCAGCUAUAAUUUUGCACUUGCUUGAGGCUGUUCUGUGUGAAAUCCCCCCACCCCCCCCAAAAAAAAACUACAACUACCUGCUCCUCUUUGAGUUGGUCUUUAUGACACUCCUACUACAACAAACUGAAUCCAGCACAAGAGAAAUAGAAGUGGGAGCUUUAAAUCAAACACCAGCAAAUUGCUCCCCUGAAAUCAUACCAUCAUAGUGUUUUUCCUAUUUCUGCAACAUAAAGAUUCCCCUUUUUUCAUGUGGUUAAUGGACAUGUGAUGAUGUCACCUCAGGGGAAGCUUGUGGCAAACUGUUGUCUGUGUUGGUUCCUCCUGAUAAGAAAUAAUCAACUUGAGGGGUAGAAAUGAUGUUAAAACGUUUGAACACAAUUAUACCUGUAAUGUGUAAUUUGAUGGUUUUGUUCAUUGAUAACAUGAUGUUAUACCCACAUACUUCCAGCAACUACAGUGGAUUCAAAUUUGAUGUAAAUCAUAAAUGUUUGGUGCGAGUCUCUCAAAUGAAAGACCUUUCUUUCUAGAGCUGCCACAUUGCACCAAUGUCGAACAAUCACAUGGAGAAAUCUGUCAUUAGAAACGGCAGAGAGACCAAUUUUUCACUUGAAGUGGCCUCAAUAGACCAGAUUGCAUUGCAACCACAGAGACUUGAUGUGUUUUGACUAAAGUGAGGGGUAUUGCUGCAAUCACAGUCACGCCUCAGCGUUCACGCCCAUGCUCAAGUGGUUGUUAAAAAGCAUUCAGGGAUAUAUGGGACAGAUUUGGACAUGGGUGCACCAACAUAGCAAAUGAUAACACUUGAUUAUUAUUAAUGAGGGAGGGUCAGUGGGGAAAUUUUCCCUUUAACAUGCUGAAACAGGCUGUGAAAUGACACCAUAUUUCGGCUACCUAAAACUAUCUUUGCCUCCCUGAAAACAGCCUGGAGUUACAUAAAAACACAUAGAAACGUCAUUUUAAGACAAACAUAUUGACCUGUGUCGAGACCUCGUUUUAGUCAGUUGGAUUUUAGCACAUGAAUCAGUCAAGAACAGCUGUUUUUACAGACAGUUAUUAGUUAUUACUGAAUAUACAUUCAGAUUAUAAUCCACCUUUUCUAAUUACUGGCUUUAGCUGUUAAAUUGGUUUGAAUCUGUCUAAUUUAAUGAGAUACCGGAAAAGUGAAAUGUCUUAACUUCAUAUUUAUACUGUAUAUCGUUCAUCAUAAUCAUUCAUUAAAUCACAAUUAUAGUGAAAAGAAGGUUUUAAUGUGUUUUGUGUUGCAUAGACAAAAUGAGUUUUCACAGAGAACAUGUGAAAGCUGUUUUUACCGUCCACCAUUCCUCCUGUUGUUUAACCCGUGAAUGACCAUACUACUGUUUCUUUGGACGAUAGUCUCAAUGCUCUCUUAUCAUAGUUAUUAUACUGAUAUGAAUUUAAUAAAGUGAUUCCGUUACGUUUCAA